UAUGCAAUACAUAUAUCCACAUAGAGACGUGCCUCUACACGUACAAGUUACUUUGUAAAGAGAGGAAGAAAACGUGUAUACACGCCUUAUCUCUAUUCAUAAUUUGCUUUUUACUAAAGUGCCUAUGAACUGAGCAUGAAGUUAAAUUUCUCAGAAAUAUAUCUUACUGUACAAAUUGAUUGUUGAUUUAAGAUUUGUCUAAAUUAAAUAUCGUUUGUGCAUCGUAUAUAAAUUUACUACUGUUAGAUUCAUUGUUACACUUGAAUAUGAAAGAAUUUCGAUAAUUUUAGACAUCAUCAACUUGAAUAUAAGUGUGUAUAGUGAUACAAGUGAUUGUAAUAAAAUAGUUUCCGCGUUUAAUGAAUAUUGUUAUUUAAAAAUGAGAAAUGUUUGGAGAUACACUUAACGUUAUGAAAUAAAUUACAAUUUUUGUAUAAUCAACGUAGUAUUACAGAUACAUAUAAUAAAUACAUAAUUCAUUCAUGAGAAAAGUAGUGCAUUAAAAAAGUUCAAAAUGAACACUGUAAAAAAUAAUUGUGAAAGUGGAAAUGGUUUAGAAGAUCUUGGCAUACCUGGACAAGUAUUCUUAAGAGAUGCAUUAACAAGUUGUACAGAUCCAUUAAAAGCGAUAGAAGAAUUUCAACUAGAAAAUGGCAUUUUAUUACCAUCGUUGCGACCUAUGUUACCUUUACUUGAUCUUCAUGGAGUAAGACGACUGGAUUUCCAUGCAUCUGUCUUAGAAGAAUUAAGAGAAAAACUUAUAAAGAGGAUUAAUGAAAUUGGAACAGAAAGGGCAGAUAAAGGCUCAUCGGGAGAUAGAAGAUUAAAAGAAUUAUUAUCUAAAAGUUUUCCAGCAGUGAGAGUUUCUGCGCUGAGGCCUGUCGUUAUGUGCAUUUUAAGAAAUACACCACACAUAGAGGACAAAUAUUUACGAGUACUUGUUAGAGAAAAAGAAUUGUACAAUGAUGCAGACACAGAAGUUAAACGACAAAUUUGGAAAGACAACCAAAGUUUGUUUGGAGACGAAGUUUCUCCAUUGUUUAGUAGAUAUAUUAUUGAGAAAGAACAAAUUUUAUUUGACCAUAGAAAUUUAAACAGUCUUUUUUUUACACCUUCUCCGAAGGUGAGAAGACAAGGAGAAGUUGUACAAAAACUAGCUCAUAUGAUUGGACAUAGUGUGAAGCUAUAUGACAUGGUUUUACAAUUUUUAAGGACAUUAUUUUUACGUACAAAAAACAUACAUUAUUGUACAUUGAGAGCUGAAUUGUUAAUGGCUUUACAUGAUUUAGAGGUCCAAGAUAUUAUAUCUGUUGAUCCAUGCCAUAAAUUCACAUGGUGUCUGGAUGCUUGUAUCAGAGAAAAGAAUGUUGAUAUUAAGAGGUCUCGUGAAUUACAAGGAUUUUUGGAUAGCAUUAAGAGAGGACAAGAACAAGUAUUGGGUGACCUGAGUAUGACAUUAUGCGAUCCAUAUGCAGUAAACUUUCUUGCUAGUAGUGCUAUCAAAAUUGCACUUCAUUUAAUAAACGGUGAAGCAUUACCUAGGGAGAAUGCAGUUCUCGUUUUAUUACUAAGAAUGCUUGCACUGGGCUUAUCUGCCUGGCAAAUGAUAGAUUCACAAGACUUCAAAGAACCAAAGUUGGAUAGUCAAGUUGUUACUAAGUUUUUACCAGCACUCAUGUCUUUAAUGGUAGAUGAUCAAAUAAGACAAUUGAACUGUAAACUUCCACCCGAUGAAAGAGAAAGUGCAAUUGCUAUAAUAGAACAUUCUGGUCCACCUCCUGAUGCUUGUCAAGCAUAUGCACAACUUUCUGGGGUUGCUGCUGUUUUAUCUAUGUACUAUGCAUUACAUGUAGGAGGAGGUGGUGGAGUUGGAAGAGGGAGGGGUGAUGCCAGAGGAUUAAUGAGAGUUUUAGCUACUUUACCAAAUUGUCAAGCACAACGUGCAUUUGAAGAUCCAUUCUUACAUACAUUGGUGUCAUUGUUAAUAUUAAACAUGGCUGAUGAAUUUUCAAACGAAUCAUUCUGCACAGUUAUAUUCGAUGAAUUUUUCCUGGCAGGCCUUAGCAGAGAUAAUGUUACACGUCAUUUAUUAAAACUGCUUUGGUACAUCCAUCCAAAACUACCACCAACUCGGUUGCAUACAUUAAUGAAAGCACUUCAACCAACCAGCCAGCAUAACGAAGCUGUACAUAAUCUAUAUGAAGCUUUACGGGAAAAAAUUGGAAGCCGCUCUGUAGAAGAUCAACUUGCAACAACCGCACAAAUAGACACAUUAGGUCUCGAUUGCCCACCUUCCCCUCUUACUGGUGUUCCCACACCAUCUCCACUCUAAGAACCGCAAAAUUAUAGAUUUAAUGCAUAAAAUAUUGACAAACAUGACCUAGUAAUCUGAUUUAUAAGCACUUACAAUUUUCAUUUUGUACAUGUUUUAUCAUAAUUCAAUUAUAAAUUUAAAAAGUAAUACAAAUUUUAUAUUUUCAUACGAGUGUAAAAGAUAAUGUGAAGAUACGUAUUUUCUAUUUUUAUUUUCCUUCUACUACAUAUGAAGACAACCAUAUGUAAUGUUUACAGAGUAAUAUCAUUGUAAUUUACAAAGUAAUGAAAACCCCUAGUAUAAACAUGUAUUAAGAUCAAAAUAAUGUAAAUAAUUUAAAAUACAUUAAUAGGUUUUAAUAUUG